AUACAAGCUGCAAGCCAAGCGAAGUCGUAGUCGAUCAAGGCGAUCUUCUGCUCGGAACGCAACUUGAGGAGUGAAACAUGACUUUAUGUGCAAGGGAAGCGUCAAGGUGCCUCUUUGGUAAAUACACACUACUCAUAACGCCCCUAUCAUGUGCAAGGUCCUACAGUUCCAGUCACACUAAACCGAGGAUACCCGAACUCGAAGAGAGGCCAGAGAAACAGCAUCAUCGCUCUUACACACAGCCAGGAACUGGGAGAAUUUAUGACAAGAAGCCAUUUAAGUUUCAGUUGAAACAGGGCCGUGUUUACAACUGGUGUUCAUGUGGUUUCAGUCACAUGCAGCCCUUUUGCGAUGGCAGUCAUGCCAACCCACACCUCAAGAUUACCAUGCGGCCUCUACGAAUUGUCGCCACAGAAACCCGAGAGUACUGGUUCUGCAAUUGCAAGCAGUCAAGUCACAGGCCUUUUUGUGAUGGAACUCAUAAAUCAGAAGCUGUCCAGUCAGCGGUGUCUGUAAUCAAGAACUGAUAUGCAACAGCAGUUACAGGCUUACUUGUAGUGCUGUUGCCUAGGAUCAAAAUAAAACUAGACAUGUGA